AUCGGCGGCUUUCAUACUUCCUGGUUAGGAAUAGAUAUACGUCUUAUUUGAACGAAAACGAAGAUAAUUACAAGAUAAAUCUAUGGGAUCAAAUUGUUGCCGAUGCCGUCGUCCCGACGAUUUUUACCUACAAGCGUUGAGGGAAAUCUCUUAUGGUACAACUCGAAUCCCACCAAGUCAAGCCCAGCAAAGACACCCUCUCUACUCUCCUUUGAGGACGAGGCAGAAGAAACGACUAGGAAUGUUUUUAUAGAAGAUGGAAAUCAGUGUUUUGUUUGCCUUGAAAACUUUAACGAUCAACAAAAUCAACCUAUGAUAAUGCCAUGUGGUCAUAUCGUCUGCAAUGCGUGCCUCAUUCAAUUAGCAAAGACAUUCCAGUAUGAGAAAAUAAAAUGUCCACUGGAUAAUCAAAUAUACAAGGUUAAAAGAAGCGAGAGGAGGGGAAAUGAAUAUCGAGCUACUAUUCCUUCUACGAGAAGCUUAGACGUUCGAGAUUUCAUGCAGGAUGUACAAGAUACCAAUUUCAUGCCUAAUGAUCCACCUUCAGGUUCACAUUUAAACACUGAUAGUAUAUAUGUAGCAGUGAAUGGUGGCAAAAGGUUUCAUAACCCUCCAACGCAACUACAUGUAGCAGCUGAUGUGCAUGAUGACAGGUUUCAUAACCCUCCCACGCAACUAUAUGUAGCAGCUGAUAUGCAUGAUGGUAGAAUGUUUUGUAACCCUCCCACAAAGCUACGUGUAGCAGCUGAUGUGCAUGGUGAGAGAAGGUUUCAUAACCUUCCCUCACAGCUACUUGUAGCAGCUGAUGUGCAUGAUGACAGAAGGUUUCAUAACACUCCCACGCAGUUGCGUGUAGCAGCUGAUGUGCACCAUGACAGAAGAUUUUGUAACCCUCCCACACAGCUACGUGUAGCAGCUGAUGUGCAUGGUGACAGAAGGUUUCAUAACCCUCCCACGCAGUUGCGUGUAGCAGCUGAUGUGCACCAUGACAGAAGAUUUUGUAACCCUCCCACACAGCUACGUGUAGCAGCUGAUGUGCAUGAUGACAGAAGGUUUUAUAACCCCUCUACAGUUAACUCCAUUCAUAAAGCGUUUUCUUCAGCCAUCUCAAAAUUUCCUCGUAAUGCACCAAUUCAAAACAGCAGGUUUAUUUUACCCAGGCCUAGGGUUACCCUUUCUUCAUCCAGAAAUAUUCCUGUAAACUCACGUUGCCAUAAGCCUUUUAGAAACACCGGAAAUCCCUCUAGGUAUUAUAAUGAUAAAUGGCUACCAGAGCCUGUGCCAGACUAUGCGGCCGACUGAUUCUAGUGAAGAUGAGGAUGUAUCCAGAAGGGGAUAUAACAAUAUACGAGACCUGUUCGGAAACCAUUGAGACAUUGUGUAUAUUCUUCUUUUUAAUGAACGUUUUUCGUUGAAAACUUGCAUAUAUAUUUGACAAACACUAAGAAUUAAUAAAAGCAAGAAAUAUUUUACAAAAA